GUCUAACACGUGUAUUAGAGAGCUUGACGUCGCCGAAGAAGGGCAAGGGCAAGGAGAAGGAAGUCUUGCCGGCUGCUUCGUAGCCAAAGAAAAACGUUAAAAAAGGGGGUAGCAGUCGUAAACGGCCUGCUACGGAUGCAGAGGUCCGUAAAGAAAAAGCCAGAUGCCUGCACCACCAUUUUCGUAUGGUUGCCUCUACUGCCGAGACGUUAUCUGCAAGUGCUAUAGCGCAGAAGGAGAUCCUAGAAGAGACCUUGAAGCAGCUAGAAGCAAGGCUUACAACGUUAACGAAUGGAAUUGCUUUGAUGCGGGCCGGGCUUUUAAGUACAAAGGCAUAUGCAGUUUCCCAGUCUAAUCUUGCUAUUGCAGCCAGUGAGAUAGCAGAUAGCCUUGCAACAGAAGCAGGCCUUGAGGACUUCGAGGAGACUGCAAGUGAGGAAGAGGAAGAGGCUGCAGCUACAGCGGAUAUAGAGCUAGGGAACGAUGAAAUGACAUUGGAAAUGUAGAUGUAUCUCUACAACUACAACUGCCAACUGCAAGGGCUUAACCCGUUUGUAAAAUAGAUCAAUGAAACGAAUGUAACGAUAUCAUAUCCUCCUAUUCACUAACACCAAUGCCUGUAAGGACUUCUGCUAUACAAUAUUCUGAACGGUGUCAAGAUUUUAAAUAUUCGUUAUACGCGAAAGGGCAACGUAAAACUAGCCGUGUAUAACACUGGAGAAUGUAAAAUCAACACCAACGUGGUCAAGAGACUAGCCUUGCGGCUUGUUAAUAGUCAUUGCAAGCAAGGAGCAACCUAUUGCCAAAGACCGAGCAACAAUUAACCUGGAGCCGUUGCAGAGCCCUUCCUUGGGCCGUAAAUUGCGAAGAAGUUUUGAAGUCGAUGUUGAGGUUGAGCUUGAUUAUUAAUUAAGCUCUUCUGCAAACAGUGCAAACAUGCAAACAUAUAAACCUUAUCAGAUAAGAUAACAAACAAAUUAAACAAAUCAAGCAAACUAGACAAACAAGACAAACAGAGCAAACAAACAAAACAAACCAAACAAACACUUCCAGCCGCAACUCUUGCAACUUCCACCUUUUUAGCUUCUUCGUCUGUACGAGAAUAACGAAGGACAACGAAUAACAAACACGCGCGAGGGACCAAAAUGCUCCCGAGCUAGCCAUG